UGUUUUCAAGUAUGUUUCAUAUGUUGUUUAUCUAUUUUAAAUAUACAGCAGGCAAGGGAAUGCAACUGCUGUUCCUUUAAUAUCCGAACUGUGCACGUUACAAUAGGUGUCACUGUUUUGCUCGGUCCAAUCGUGAUUGGUGACUUCAGCCAUUGGCUCCCGGCACUGGCUGUCUGACUCCAUCUGCAGGGCUGUAAUACCUACUGGAUCCAUUCACCACACAACUUCAGCCGGCUCCACAGACCCGCGCAGCUCCAGCCCAGCUUGCUUACCUAAUUCAGAAAGCCAGUGCUGCGUCUCUGUAUCUGUCAUCUUUGCUCAGUGUAGCAUUUUCAGGUGAUCUAGAAAACUGGGUGAUUUUUAUGAGCAAAUAAGAGAAACAGGAAUCAUGAUGGGGAUGUAUUUAACAGACCAAGUACUGGACAAAACUUAAAGCCAGUUUCUAUUCAACAUAGUGAAAAGGUCACCUUGCCUGGCUGAGAAAAGAAGCAAAAUCCAGUUUGUUGGUUUCUGUUAACUUCUUAGCUUGUGCUAGCCUCUUUUUCCUUAAUGUUUGCACCAAUUUGGGAUAUCUAUCUAUAAAGAGAUAUACUGUACUCAUGGUAGAUGACAAGGAAAAGAACAUGAAAUGUCUCACCUUCUUCUUGAUGCUUCCAGAGACGGUAAAGAACAGGUCCAAGAAAAGCUCGAAGAAAGCUAAUACCAGCAGCAGCAGCAGCAGCAAGUUGCCCCCAGUUUGCUAUGAAAUUAUUACCUUGAAGACUAAAAAGAAGAAGAAGAUGGCUGCUGAUAUAUUUCCCCGUAAAAAACCUGCCAACCCCAGCACUGCCACUGUCCCGCAGUACCACCAGCAGAAUCUCAGUAACAACAACCUUAUCCCAGCCCCAAAUUGGCAAGGUCUUUAUCCCACCAUUAGAGAAAGAAAUGCGGUGAUGUUCAAUAAUGAUUUGAUGGCAGAUGUACAUUUUGUGGUUGGGCCACCAGGUGGGACUCAGCGGUUGCCAGGACACAAAUAUGUUUUAGCUGUUGGGAGCUCUGUGUUCCAUGCAAUGUUUUACGGAGAACUUGCUGAGGACAAAGAUGAAAUCCGUAUACCAGAUGUCGAACCUGCUGCUUUUCUUGCUAUGCUGAAAUAUAUCUAUUGUGAUGAGAUUGACUUGGCUGCUGACACAGUGUUGGCCACUCUUUAUGCUGCCAAAAAGUACAUUGUCCCGCACCUUGCCAGAGCUUGCGUUAAUUUUCUGGAGACCAGCCUGAGUGCCAAAAAUGCCUGCGUGCUCCUCUCCCAGAGCUGCCUGUUCGAGGAGCCAGACCUGACCCAGCGCUGCUGGGAGGUGAUCGACGCCCAGGCCGAGUUAGCACUCAAAUCCGAAGGGUUCUGUGACAUUGACUUCCAGACACUAGAAAGUAUCCUCCGCAGGGAAACUCUGAAUGCCAAAGAAAUUGUAGUUUUUGAGGCAGCUCUCAACUGGGCUGAAGUCGAAUGCCAGCGACAAGAUCUAGCCUUGAGCAUUGAAAAUAAACGCAAGGUCCUUGGCAAGGCGCUUUACUUGAUCCGGAUACCCACGAUGGCCCUCGAUGAUUUUGCCAAUGGUGCUGCACAGUCCGGAGUUUUAACUCUCAAUGAGACCAAUGACAUCUUCCUCUGGUACACUGCGGCCAAAAAGCCUGAGUUGCAGUUUGUGAGUAAAGCCCGCAAGGGCCUAGUCCCCCAGCGCUGUCACCGUUUCCAGUCUUGUGCCUAUCGGAGCAACCAGUGGCGCUACCGGGGUCGCUGUGACAGCAUCCAGUUUGCGGUUGAUAAAAGAGUGUUCAUCGCCGGCUUUGGGCUGUAUGGCUCCAGCUGCGGCUCUGCAGAAUACAGUGCUAAGAUUGAACUCAAGAGGCAGGGCGUGGUGCUGGGGCAGACCCUGAGCAAGUACUUCUCAGAUGGCUCCAGCAACACCUUCCCCGUGUGGUUCGAGUACCCCGUGCAGAUUGAGCCGGACACGUUCUACACAGCUAGCGUGAUCCUGGAUGGCAAUGAACUCAGCUACUUUGGGCAGGAAGGCAUGACCGAGGUUCAGUGUGGCAAAGUGACCGUCCAGUUUCAGUGCUCCUCGGACAGCACCAAUGGCACUGGAGUGCAGGGAGGGCAGAUCCCCGAACUCAUAUUCUAUGCUUGAAAACCCUCUUCCUGAAGCAGAGGUUGCUGUGAGGGUCACAUCUGGUUCCUACUUGCUCGAUGCUUAGCUCAUCUGCAAAUAUGUGAUCAGCGCAGGUAAUUUGUAAUCUGUGAAGCUGUAGGCAGUUUCUGAUUUCUUUUAACCUUUUAAUUAUGUACAGGCAAAAAAGCAGCUUUCAGCUUUUAACUGUAUGCUUAACAGAGCCAGGUUCUUAAGGCUUCAUUAUUUUCAGAGUCGCGUCUAUACACCUAGAGAGAUUUUGUGCUCUUCCAGCCUCCUCACUGACCUCCCAAGUUUUGUUCCUUUUAAGAAAAAUUUUGGAUCUCCAAUUUUGUUUUGGGCUUUAUUUUGAUGAGUAGAAAUAAAUAGCCAAAAAUAAUAAUGAGAAGAGUUAUUUUUAAACAGAAGCCAAUCCCCCCUCCCCCCCAAAAAUGAUAAACCUCAGUUUACAAUUUUGAAAGAAGUUUUGCUUCAUACUAAGUAAUAUACAGAAAGUAGAUUUGUAAAAGAAAAAAAAAGUCAUGUUUGGCCUUUAUUUUGUUCUUUUUAACUUUUUUGCUUUGGGCCUUUUUUUAAAAUCCUAAACUCAUGCUAUUUUUGCAUAUUAAAUGCUACAGUUUCAAUGGAAACUAGGAAAAAGAAGAUAAGAAAUUGGAUGUUUGUUUAGGCCAUGACUUCUGCAAUAAGCAGAUUUAUAUUCUUUUAGUUUAGGAGACAAAAUAUUAAAGUCAGAAACUUCCUUUACAAGUAACUAAAUUACAAAAUUGUAUUGUUAGUAGAAAAAAGUUGCUGGCUGUUAAUCUCAACUAAAACAGUUUUAAAAAGAAGCCUAUUUCAGUGCCCAUAAAUAAAGUUUUAUUAGAACACACAGUCAAAACUGUAAUUCUUUUUGACACAAUGAAUUGUAUGAAGCACUCAAUUUCAAUCCCUUGGGACAAGAGGUUUGAAAAAAUAAUUUGUGUUUCACCCAUGUGAAGGACUAGUAAAUCAUUUUCAAAUUGGGGGGAAAAGAAGGACCAUAAAAAAGUCCCAUACUACAAAUAUUUUACUUGAUGACACAUUAUAAUACAUAGUUUGAAAAAGCCAAACUAUUUUCUCCCCAUUUAGCUUCUUGAUCCCCACUAUUUGGUUGUUUUUAUAAGUCGUACUGUAUAGAAUUCCUAUUCCCUUUAUCCCUUUAAGAAAGGACCAAACAGUUCUUUGGAUGAGUGGAAUAACAGUUUUGUAGCACUGUAUGUUAAUGUAAUAAGAUACUUUUAUUCAUUGAUUUUUUUUUUUUUUUUUUUUUUAAUCUGAAGUGUACUUUACCUGAUCUACUUUGACCACAUACUAUCUUCUUGGUUAAUUAUAAUUCUGUCCUGUUCCUAGACUGCUAGAAUUGGUCCUCUAGCUAUUUCAAAGUGCCAGUAUAUGCCUGCAGGGUUUAAAAAAUAAUGGUCUGGAGUGAUACACUUCAUUAUACCUAAUAUUCACUGCGUCAACAUCACAUCCAGCUUUCAUUUGUCCAUGGAUGAUGUAAGCAAAGGAGGGAAACGUUCAUCAAAAAAUUCUCCUUCAGGAAUGGCUUGAGAUGGUUUAGUGCCUAUGACCCUGGCAGUGUCCAGAUGUUCACUUCUAGGUGAAGUAUCCAUGUGUUUUCUGGGCAGCUUUUCUGCUCAGCAUGAUCCUGAGGUCGCUUCCCCCACCACCCAAGAGUGUGGUCCCUGGCCGCCUCCUUCUCCCGCUCUGCAAGCCUGAAGCUGGCUUGUCUGGAGCCAGGAGCUAGUCCCGGGGUGUGUGUGUGCGUGUGCGUGCCCAUGAGCACGCAAGAGCGUUUGCCGACUCAGGAAUUGUCUCCUCCCUGCCUGGCUGGUGAGAGAUGGGGCAGAAAUGGUUCCCCUGUGGCCCCAAAGGCCCCAGGGAGUGGCUGCCCUUCCCUUACUCACUGUGCUUCAGGGCCACUUCUUCCUCUGUAGAUGUGGGCUCGUUGCCUUUGGCUUGAAGGUGGAGAACACUGGUUCAUGGAACAUUUUUCUAAUCACCUUUGCCAUUACCUAGGUCUGUUAGCAUAGAUGUUCAAAAACUGUUCCUGGUGAUUAUAGAGGAGUAGUUCCAGGAUAACUUUACAAAAUGAUCUAGCAAUGACUUCAUAUUAAUAGUUUUGGCAAAGCAUUGAUGCAAUAAAGGUACAUUUUCAAUUAAAAAAAAAUAAUUCCACAAAGGAUUUUGUUUUUAAAGCGUAAACGUUUCAGUAACUCAUAACUACCAUGCAAAUUGGUAGACUGUAUACCUGAUUAGAAGACACUCAUAUUUAAGCCAGAGGAGAAGAAACUUAGCACUAAUUUCAUCGUAUCAGUGUCUUGAGGUGAGUGUGAUGACCUUAGAUGGGGGUUGUUCCCUCAGGAACACUCCCUGUCAGUGCUCCCAUUAGCUGGCUGCUUUCCAUGUGGCCGGGGAUGCGAUCCUGUACCCUGGGCAUAGACGAACUUAAUGCUGUCUCAAUUACUAUCACUUGAAAAGGGAGGGCGCCUCCACCGCCUGAUUGGCUGGUGCCGAGAGCUGUGUGUUAAAUUUGAAAAUUAAAUUUAGAACAAGAAUUUUUCUAUUUCAAACCCUGUUCUCCCUUCUGCAUUUUUGACAAAAUGAAAUGAAGACUGAUGUAUUUGCUUUAUUUUGGGGGGUACUCUCCAAUUUUGUAGCUUUUAAAACUAGAAACCAUUUUUCUGAGAAGGCAGGCAAUUCUAGCAUAUAAACACAAUUUAUUAUUAAACAGAAUACGCUGUAGAUGCUUUUCUCAAUUUAUCUGGCUGUCUCUGUCAUUCUUAAUACUGGGGGUAAAGGAUAGCUAGGCUAGCAGGUCUAAUGUAACAUUCUUUAAGUAUAUCUUAAAAUAGUAUUUAAGUAAAUGGUCUAAUUUCUGCAUAAUUAUUGCACUGAACUGUCUCUUUGUUGUUAAUGUUUUUUAAGGUGUUUAAAUAAGCUCAGCUAAUUUCAGGAUCCUGUAGCCACUUGUGCAUCAGGGUGCUUGAAUUUAGUAGCUUACAGCAUUAUUUAUGAAGGAAAAAUAUAUAAAUAUGAAGUACCUCAUGUUGAAUGUUAUUGUACUGUAUUUUUAAUGUAACAGUGCAGAUCUUGUUAGACACAUGAAUGUGUAUAAUCACAUUAAAUACAAAUAAAAUUAAACUGGUUCAUAGAUUUGUUUUCCUUAGCAUUUUUGUGGCUCCCUUGAAAAAUAAAAAAGGAUUAAUUCUGCCACUACAUUUUACAUUGAUGGUUUCACAAGAGCAUUUGUUAACUAAGUAUUCAGGUAUCUUUGAUCCCUAAAACAGUAAACAAAAAAAAAAAAAAAAAAAAAA